GAAACUUACUGAUAUCCUAAACACACCCUCCGUGCACAAGCCCACAAAUUACUCCCGCACGCCGGGUCAAGUCAUGUCCUUGAUCAGCUCAUUUGGUUUUAACACCCCGGCGGCAGAAACUAAACGCCACUGCAGCACUUCGGCCGUCUCCCGUAGCAAAAUGACGCGGACGAAUAACUCUCUGGGCUCCCCGUCUGUGAUGACAAAGGAGACCAUGAGCUCCCCAGCGCACCCCGCCUCGAAGAAAGGGCUGUGCGGCUUCAUGUUCAGCCCGCAUAACCUGGCAGUCAAUCUGACGCCCUCGCUGUUGAAAACCAGGAAGCGCUUCGAGACCAUGAGUGCGGACAGCACCACCGACACGGAGGGAGGCAUCAGCCCCCUGUGGGAGUUUGAGGAG